AUGGAUGCCAACGGCAAGGGAAGAAGGAAGGGCCCGGGUGCGUCGUCUGUUCGACCUUUGUCACCAUCCGAUUCACGUUCACGACCCAGUCCCGAGAGUCCAGAGAAUCGGCCGCACCGGGCCUCGGAUGCCUCGUCGGUAUCUGGAAAUCCCCAUUCCAGAAUGCUGCUGAAUUCACACGGAGAGCGAGUAUACGUCGGUGGUGCUGCUUCACUGUCCUUUCUGCAGCUUGUUCGAUCUAUUGUAGCCGACCAAAUUGGGCCCUCGCAAUUCUCGCACAAUGACCAGAGUGACACCAUGCUUGAAAAGGAGCCACCAAGCUCCCUUCGGGAUUUCCCACCCUCUCUCCUUCCAGAGUUGGAUCUUGAGACCAAACUUUUGUACGCUCAGUGUUACCGCGCCGUGACCGAGGGAUUCAUUGACAUAUUUGCUCCCGAUGAAAUUGAGCAGCAUCUCACACUCAUCGACAACUCGCUAUGCAGCCCGCAAAAGCGAGCGGUGUUUGGCAUGGUUAUUUCCAUUGGCGCCCAGUGCAAAUCCUCAGCCAGUGCCCGGGACUUUGGGCAAGGUUAUUUCCGACAGGCUCAGUUUCACGCGUUCAAUGGCAUGCUGGAGGACCCGGAUAUUGACGUCGUGCGGUCGUUCUUGCUCAUGGCCUUUUACCUCUUGGGCGAAUGCCGCCGGAAUUCUGCCUUUAUGUAUCUGGGAAUUGCCGCCCGAGCUGCGGUGGCUCUGGGUUUGCAUAGCCGGGAAUCAUACCAAGACUUGAAUGACCCAAAGGAUAACACACGAAUUCGGAUCUGGAUCAGCUUACGCAUCGUUGACAUGCUCGUCAACUCGAUUUUGGGCCGGCCUGCGACAACUGGCGGCCCAAGUUCUGAAAUGGCAACCAUUCUUGAAGAUUUAUCUCACACGGAGCAGACGAAUGAAAUGGCUUGCCUAGUUGCCUCGCACCGAAUCGUGUCAAUCAUCAACGGUAUAGUCGACGUGUUGUACGAACGCAAGGAGAUAUCUACGUCUGUGGUCGAGGACCUGCUCAGUGAGAUUGAAUCCUGGUCACAAAGCCUACCUAGCUGUCUCCGAUCCGCCGCAAAGACCCGGGCAUUAUCCUGCUCAGGCAUUACCAAAGGCGCCAUCGGGAGUGUCCAUGUGUCGUGUCUCUACUACUUUGCCGUCACUCUCGUUACCCGACCAAUCCUCAUAUCGACCCUGACGGCGCCACCAGCAAGCGGAGGGCUAGUCCAGUCGCAAUUAGCGUCAGCAUGCUUGGAUGCGGCCGUUUACCUGGUUCAAACUUGCGUGGAUGCCAGGAAAGUGGGCAUUCUGUACGGGAAUAUGUGCAUCAUGAAAGCCUUGGUCUUCGCAGCGGGGUUAGUCUUGGGAUUCGAAAUUUUCGCAAAGCGCUCUGUCGAGUUUGAUAUCGAGGCUGCAUUUGCCGGUGCGAGAGACAUACUCAACUUUUUGGCUGUACAAAGCCCACAAGCGGGGCAUUACUACGAGAUAUUGACUUUGCUGUCCAACGCCAUCGCCAAACAACGACAGAAUGUCGCUUCUACGGGACGAAGCAGAUAUGUGUCGAGAAUAUUCACCCUCCAUCAAGAAACAAAGGAGCCUGUUUCGAACAACGCGCGAGAUGACCAAGGACGACUUACGCCACUAGUCGAUGGUGUUGCUCCUCCAUUGGCCGAGAAUACGGGUAACUGGCUGAGUGGCAACAGAACGCGCGUUGAUCAAGGUCAAGAAGUGUUUCUGGGUUGGGAUAGUCUCGACAUAUCACAGUGGGAUAGCUUCCCGUUUGUUCCUUGA